UAAAUAAAUAAAUAGAAGAUGGAGACGAGAACGGAUUAAUUAGGCCAAGGAAAAGGAGUGUCCAACGACAAUCCGCCGCGUGUCCACGUUUUAAGGCUAAAAUAAGAGGCCAAACUCACAAAUCGCUUAGUCCAGGCGGGCUUUCGACAGUCUAAGGUUGGCUUAAAAUGGGAAAUAAACCUGCAAAGCAAGAAAGGGAUGAGAUUUUAUUGAAGGUCAUACCUCCAGUGGACCAAGCAUAUGCUAGGUGGCUUGCACGGGAUCUUGAGAGGAUUCAUGGCUUCAUUCCGGUAAAACCUCGUGCAGUGAAGCCCCCAGAUCACUAUAUAGAGUACAUGCGCUUGAAUGGGUGGUUAGACGUGAACUUGGAUGAUCCUGACCUUGCCCAUUUAUUCAAGUAGAUGAUAUUUUACUUAAUAGAGUGAACAUGAGAAGUCUAGUGGUUUGUAGGGAAUGAGAGUCAAAAAGAACAUUUUGUUAAGCAGGUUGCUAAGGAUGAUCUGAUGUUUAUGCUGUAAAAAGAAUGAUCUUGUCUUACAGAGAAUAUCUGGCAUUGUUUAAUUUUAUCUGGAAAGUUACAAUCAUUUUCAUGUGCUAUGGUGGGAGAAAGAAUUCCUGUUUUCGGAGUUUAUUUUCCUCGAACAGUUA